AUGGUGUUCUCCUCAAAACUCGAUCACAACCACUGCUCUCUCUUCGCUUUCUCCAAUGGGCUCAAUCUACUCUCCAUCUCCAACCUCUUCUCCAGUCUUACACCAAGCUUGCCCAUGUCCUUUUUCCUUUCUAACUUCUCCACCCCUGCCAAGCACCUUCUUGAACCUCUCCUUCUGUCCUACUCUUCUUCUUCAGUUCUCAAUUCAAUCCUUCGUUCAUCUCUCUGCAAGCAAUCUCAAUCAUUGGUUCUCAACUCCGUCCUUGAGUCUUACUCUUCAAUGCGGAUGAUUCCUGAGGCUUUGGAUUCUUUCAGGUUUAUCAUGGUUUGCCAGUGCGUUCCCUCCACCCGCUGCUGCAAUGCCUUCCUGGAAUCAGUGUUGUCAUCUUCUCACACACAAAAAGCUUGGAACUUUCAUGCUUUAGCUCUGCGGAUUGGAAUGGUCCCGGAUUCCCGGACAUGGUCCUUGCUUGCUAAGCUUUUCUGCAUAGAAGGGAAGCUUGAGAAUUCUGUGAAAGUAUUGAGUUUGAGUUGCUGUGAUGCUUCUGCCUAUGAUUUGGUUGUAGGUUGUUAUUCAAAGAAAGGAGAUUUCAGAGCGGUGAUUCAUCUACUGAGAGUAAUGACUAAUAAAGGCUUGGCCUUGAGGUUCUCCACUUAUGGUGCUGUUCUGGAUGGAGGCUGUGAGUUUGGUGAUGCUGGAGUUGUUGGUUUUGUGCUGAAAGUGAUGAUUGUGAAAGGCUUGUUGCCAAUGGCACCUUGUUUUGAUUACAAUUGGAUUAUUAGAAAGCUCUGUGAAUCAGAUAAGACUUUUGCUGCAGAGAUGUUCUUCGAGAAAGCUCGAAAAUGGGAACGUGAGUUAGACAAUGUUUCUUUUGUGUGCUUGUUGAAGGCCCUGUCUAGAACUGGAAGAGUUGAACAUGCACUGAAGUUAUUUGAUGUUAUGUCUCAGAAGGGUGUGGGAAUGGACAAUGGUUGUUUGGAUGUGUUUGUGAAUAGUAUUUGCAAAGGAGAGCCUUCCAAGAAAGCGAAUUCUGUGCUGAAAGAUGUUCUUGCUAAAGGUUUUGCACCCAAAACUUGCUAUUUUUCCGAUUAUGUAGCUGAACUUUGUAGAGAAGGCUCGUGGAUUGAAGCUGGUGAUCUUUGGAAUGCUGCGAUGGAAAAGAGUAUUUUGCUUAAUGCUCAUUGUUCUAAUUCUUUGCUCGAGCAUUACUGCUGUGAAGGCCUUGUUGAUUCGGCGAUGCUGUUGCAUGAUAAACUAAUGAAACUUGGUGGAUGUCUUGAUGCUACUGCCUAUAAUUCACUUCUGAGAGUAGUUUUAGUGCAGAGGAGGAUUGAGGCAGCAAUCCGAGUAUUUGAUUAUAUGCGAGAAAGGAAUGUGCUGAGCAGCAGCAAUUAUAUUAUCAUGAUAAGUGCAUUUUGUCAAGAAAAAGAAAUGCGGAAGGCCAUGGAACUUCAUGAUGAAAUGGUCAAGGUUGGACUUAAACCUGACGAUUCUAUUUACAAGCAUCUGAUAUCUGAAUUUGCAUGA